AUCCGACCUACAUAUCCCUUCCCCAAACUCUCCUAACGAUUACAGUUUCGAAAAAACCCUAAUUUCUUCCACCAUGGCUCGUAACGAAGAGAAAUCGCAGUCGAUGCUGAACCGCUUCAACGCCAUGAAAGAGGAGGAGAAGAAGAAACCCAAGGAGCGCCGCCCCUACCUCGCGUCCGAGUGCCGCGACCUGGCUGAGGCGGACAAGUGGCGCCAGCAGAUCAUGCGUGAAAUCGGCCGUAAAGUCGCCGAAAUUCAGAACGCCGGCCUCGGAGAACAUCGUCUCAGGGACUUGAAUGACGAGAUCAACAAGCUCAUUCGAGAGAAGUCACACUGGGAACGGCGUAUUGUGGAGCUGGGGGGACCCAAUUACACGAGGCAUUCUGCAAAGAUGACUGAUUUGGAUGGUAACAUUGUGGAUGUGCCCAAUCCAAGCGGGAGGGGGCCGGGGUAUAGGUACUUUGGCGCGGCUAAGCAGUUGCCUGGUGUCAAGGAAUUGUUCGAGAAGCCUCCCGAGUUAAGGAAGAGGCGAACAAGGUAUGAUAUAUACAAACGGAUUGAUGCAAGUUACUAUGGGUAUAGAGAUGAUGAGGAUGGGAUUUUAGAGAAACUAGAAGAUCCGGCUGAGAAUAAAAUGAGGGCUGCAGCUUUGGCGGAUUGGAUGGAGAUGGAGAAGAUAAAGAAAGAAGCAAGGAGGGCCGUGAAGAGUGGUGAGGUGGCAGAGGUGGGUGCAGUAUCUAAGAUCUUGUUUGAGGAGGAAGAGGAUGUAGUGGAGGAAGAGAGGAGAAUAGAGAGGGAGAAAGAGGAGAAUGAGAAGGGGAAAGAAUUUGUUGCGCAUGUCCCGUUGCCAGAUGAGGAGGAGAUAAAGAAGAAGGUACUGGAGAAGAAGAAGCAGGAAAUGCUGAACAAGUACACAAGCAGUGAGUUGCUGGAGGAGCUUAUGCAAGCAAAGACCUUGCUUAAUAUCCAGCAGUAGGUGGAUGCGUGAUUGUGACUUCCCUGAUGACAUGGCUCAAGGUGCUAACACUGGCCAAAGAACACUCUUAAUGCAUUCAUGGCGGAUGAUCUAUUAAUGCAUUAUUUUGGAGAUGAAGCAAAUAUUGUUCUUGUUUCAUGAACUAUUGAUAGACUACCAUCCUGUCACUUGUAGGGUGGAACAGUGGUUGUACCCUUUUGUGGAUUUGAAUUUUGUGUAUAGAUGUUAAAAGAAAUUAUUGACCAUGAUUUAUGGAUGCGGCCAAAUUUGGUUUGUUGGACAUGAAUGAUAUUCAUUUAUGCUAUAAGAGUACAAUCCAAGCUCGACAUCUUC